AUGCAGUCCAAGACUGCUUUUCCAUGCGACAGUUUAUCAGCGGAUCCCGCGAGAUCUUUCGAAUCACAUGUGUCGAGGAAAUCGUGCGGGCUGAAGUUGCAGCCGCAUCUCUGGCUUAAGACAUUUCCGGUAGCUGUCGUCUCGACGGCCCUGACCUGGUGGAAGCAUGACAAGCAAGGCGGCUUUGUGAGGCAACUGUCCGGACCAGUUGGAAAGUCUUCGUUUCCAAAACGCAUGGACCAUGGCCACCGUGGUGAUGGCCCCUUGCCGGUUUGGCCGCCAAGCGUUUGGUGGAGUGAUGCCGAUGGCGCUCGGCGACUCCAGCACUGGCAGGAGAAGCGCAGCUUGAGCGGGCUGCCGCGCUUCACGCACCUGUGCAAUGCAGCGGCUCAAGCAGUGCCCCUCACGCUCGACGAGCGUGCAGCAGAUGUCUCGUACUUGGAUUUGGACAUGCGCGAUGAGGAAGGCAUGACCCCAGGUACAGGUACUUGGCUAUGUGCACGCCGGGAUCUACACAGGGCGGUGGCUUUCGUUGAUACAGCUGUUGCAUCAGGUGGCACGGUGCUGGUAAACUGCUUUGCUGGGAUGAACAGAUCUGGCGCAAUCCUUUUGGCCUGGCUUUUGCUACACCGGGAAAGUGACGGGACUUGUCUUGGAUUCACCCCAGAUGGUGCAGCAGCCCAUCUGCGGAGCUUGGAGCCCUUUGCUCUGAACAAUCAGAGCCUACUGGAUUGUGCAUUGAGCUUGAAGGACAGUCCGCGCCCACCAUUCGGCACGCAGGAGCACUGGAUCUUGAGACUUCCAGAAAGGCCUGCUGCAGCUCCGGAAAAGCGCUUGGUCGAAGAAUUUGAAGAUUCCGAGGGUCUCAUGCCCUUGAUUUGA